CACCGGAUGUGUCCAGUUUCAAAACACCGACAGAAGCCAGCUUUUGUUUGCAAUGUCUAUCACUUUUAGCUGACAGAUAGCAUAGGUAGUGAACAACGCGAUCAUUUCAGCAUCUUGAGGACGUUUUUUAAACGUUUCCAACAUGGCGGGGCCGCUCCUGGAGUUUGAGACCGAAAUGUUUUUGAGUCUUUUCGGUUGUGACGGGUUGCUGGUGGUGGCUGAAGGGAUGGGGAUAGACCGCAUUCUCCUGCAAUUCAUGCGGGUUUACUCGGAGAAGGACAGUCUGGUCCUUCUGCUAAACACAACCACACCAGAACAGGAGUAUUUUACAGAGCAGUUGCGGGCGGAGGGUGUGAGCCACCUGCCCAGGACGGUGACCAGCGACGUGCAGAGUGCGGAGCGUUACAACGUUUACACCGAAGGAGGGGUGUUGUUCGUCACCAGCAGAAUAUUGGUGGUGGACUUCCUCACUGACCGCAUCCCAGCUCAUCUUAUAUCAGGCAUUCUGGUGUAUCGCGCACAUAAAAUCAUUGAGUCAUGUCAGGAGGCCUUCAUCCUCCGUCUGUUCAGACAGAAGAACAAAACCGGUUUCAUCAAAGCUUUUACUGACAAGGCCAGCGCUUUCUCCUCCGGCUUCUGCCAAGUGGAGCGUGUUAUGAGGAACCUAUUUGUCAAGAAGCUCUACCUGUGGCCCAGGUUCCAAGCCUCAGUGAACACAGCACUGGAGAGGCACAAGCCAGAAGUGGUGGAGCUGCAUGUGUCGUUGACACCUGCUAUGAGAGCGAUCCAGAGCUCCAUUCUGGACAUCAUGGGCGCUUGUUUGAAAGAGCUGAAACGCUACAACCCCACCCUAGAAGUGGAGGACAUGUCACUAGAAAACACACUAGGGAAUGAAUUUGAAAAGACCAUCCGCCACUACCUUGACCCUUUGUGGCAUCAGCUUGGAAUGAAAACUAAAGCCCUAGUUCAAGACCUGAAGGUGCUCAGGGUUCUCCUGCUCUACCUCACUCAGUACGACUGUGUCACCUUUCUCAAUCUGCUCGAGUCCCUGCGCUCCAGCCAAAAGAUCUUUGGCUCCAAUUCAGGUUGGCUUUUUCUGGACUCUAGCACCUCUAUGUUUGUGAACGCCAGGAGCAGAGUGUACAGAUUUCCUGAGAGCAAAAAGAAACUCAAAGUGGGGGCAGAGACAGAAAAACAGAAGCCAUCUUCCAACUCAGAGGUGAAGCGGGAGCUGGUGCUGGAGAAGAGCCCAAAGUGGGAGGCCCUGACUGAGGUGCUGGAGGAGAUUGAGAGGGAGAACAACAGCUCUCAACAUGGACAAGGUCGAGUGCUGAUUUGUGCCAGCGAUGACCGAACUUGUGCCCAGCUACAACAGUAUAUCAGGCAUGGCUCUGAUUGGCUGCUCCACCGGCUUUAUACCCGUACGAUUGGUAAAAUGGACUCUGCUGCUGCUGCUGCGUUAGAGCUGGACUCCCACAAAAAGGGAAAGGGCUGGUCUAAAAAAGGAGGCAAGGGAAAGGAGCCUGCACAGAAAAGCAAAACAAAGACCACAAAAAGCAAAAGCAGGCCCUCUCUGACCCUGACCCAGAUGGUGGGAAAAGAGGAGGCGGGUGAAGCUGCAGCGAUGGGCAGCAGCGGAGAUGAGGAUGAUAUAAUGGAAGAAGAGGAAGACCAGCUAAAAUUGGACCUGUCAUCAGAUGCUUAUUACGGUGUCCUGAAGGAGCCGCUGACUGUUAUCCACCCUCUGAAAGGCUGCACCGACCCCCACAGCUUGACCCGAGUGCUGCAUGAAGUGGAGCCCAGUUUUGUAGUGCUGUAUGAUGCUGAACUGAGUUUUGUCCGCCAGCUAGAGAUCUAUAAAGCUAACAGGCCUGGAAAACCACUUAGGGUGUAUUUCCUCAUCUAUGGAGGCUCAACAGAAGAGCAGAAGUAUCUGACAGCACUGUCAAAGGAAAAGAAAGCGUUUGAGCACCUCAUCAGAGAAAAGGCUACAAUGGUCAUCCCAGAAGAGAGGGAAGGGCGAGAAGACACCAACCUCGACCUUGCCAGAAAUUUAGAGCCAGCCAAUGCCACCACUAAUACCCGCAAAGCAGGAGGCCAGGAGCAGCCCAAAGAGCCCUCACGAGUCAUUGUGGACAUGCGUGAGUUCCGCAGUGAACUACCUUCCUUGCUCCACCGCCGGGGGCUGGACAUCGAGCCCGUCACCCUGGAAGUGGGUGACUACAUUCUGACUCCAGACACAUGCGUUGAGCGCAAGAGCGUCAGCGACCUGAUUGGCUCAUUGCAGAGUGGCCGCCUUUACACCCAGUGCCUUUCCAUGACCCGCUACUACAGGAAGCCAGUGCUGCUCAUUGAGUUUGACCCGGCUAAACCGUUUUCUUUGAUGGCACGGUCAGAUUUCCGUAACGAGAUCUCAUCAAACGACAUUUCUUCAAAGCUCACUUUACUCACACUGCACUUCCCCCGUCUCCGUAUACUCUGGUGCCCCUCUCCACAUGCUACAGCUGAGAUCUUCCUGGAGCUGAAGCAGGGCCGCUCAGAGCCCGAUGCUUCAGCAGCUCAGGCAGUCACAGCUGAGUCAGAUAUUGUGGCUGAAUCAGCAGACCUGUACAACCCCGGACCUUACGACUUCCUGUUGAAAAUGCCAGGUGUCAAUACAAAAAACUACAGGGCUCUCAUAAAAAACGCAGACAGCCUGGCAGAUCUUGUCAAACUCAGCCAGGACAAGCUUGCAGAAAUACUUGGAAAUGCCAACAGUGCUAAGUUGUUGUACGAGUUUCUGCAUAACGUGGCUGAUGUUCCUGCUCCUGUGCAGAAAGCUAAACGAACAUGAUAAGUUCUGACUUGUGCAUAUUAAUGUUUUGCCUUGGUAUGAAUAUUGUCUUAGCAUUUUAAAAAAUAUAUGAAAGUGGUGCAGAUGAAGAACAACACAGAUGGAUGUAACAUAUUUUCUUAUUAUAGUGUGUAUGCCAUCAGCAGUGAAUUGUGUUAUAUUCAUGUGUAUUAUGAAUCAAAAUAAUGCAUAUUUGUCUGUUGGAUUUUGUAAAUUAGCAUUCAGAUAAUGUGCUACUUUCAUUACUUUUAAAAUAAUAGAAAAUAAUUUUAUAUUUUGGAAAAAUAAAAUAUUUUA